AUGACCGAUCCAGCCACUGAGUACCACCCAUGGGUCUCCGAGAUCCAACUCGAAGUUCCCCAACUAGGCCCCAAGCUUGAGCCAUGCGCCCACAAAACGAGCAACAACCAGAAAGGCAACAUCUCCACCAAUGUUGCCCGGCUAUCGGCUGCGGUCGCCCACAAGUGCUGCACCGGCAUGCCCCAGAUUGUGUUCUACCACCGCGGCGCAGGCACCGAGGAGUCCAAGGUCGCACAAGCCUUGGGCGGAGUGUUAGGGAAGGGAAUUAUUCAGGAUGUUGCCGAUGUGUACCGUUUCAUUUGCGACAACUACAACCCAGGGGAUGAGCUCGUCAUCGUAGGUUUCUCCAGAGGCGCCUUCACCGCGCGAUCUGUCUCGGGCAUGGUCUGCAACAUCGGUCUCCUCAAUCGUGUCGGACUCGCCAACUUUGGUGACAUCUUCCAUGACUACCAGAACUUUCCAAACUGGAGGCCUGGUACCAAGUUCAAUAUCGAAGACCACCUUGCUGGCUUUACCCUCACCAAUUACGAACGACUGGAAAGAUUCCGGACCAAAGAUAACAGGAAAGAUCAUGCCACAUUACAGAAGGAACUCGACGAGGACAAGCAGAAGUUCUUCGACAGAAUUACAAAGUGCAAGAAGCAGGACGUCGAUGGCAUGGACUUGAUUACCAUGGCCCAGAAGUAUCGCGAUUUCUUGGAGAAGCAUCAAAUGAUUCUUUGCGAGAGAACGUUGCAAGAGAGAGAUGGGAAGACAGACUGGUACUUUGCACCAGUUGUUGUCACCAUUCAGGCUGUCGGGGUCUGGGAUACGGUCGGCAGCCUCGGCUGGCCUAAGAUGCCUUGGGAGAAGAUUCGCACCGAUAGAAGCGCCGAUGAACUUCGAUUCGCCAGUCUGGAUGUUCACCCCAACGUCGAGCACGCAUUCCACGCCUUAGCCCUCGAUGAAUGGCGCACUGCCUUUUCCCCCACUCUUUGGGGAAGCCACAGUAACGUCGGCGGGGGUUUUGAGGAUCAACAGAUCGCGACCAUUGCGCUUGCAUGGAUGGCGGAUCAACUCGCCUCAGUUGGAGUUGAGUUUUCUACCCCAGAGAUGAAGCGAAUUUUCUACACCCUCGAUCCAUCUGUCGAGGCCCGAGAAUGGGGCAAGGGUCGCAUCUCCAGCCCUUCGGCGACUACCACAAUCCCCGACAAAGCUUACAACGCUCUUUGGUACCCUUGGCAGACCGUCACGGGUGGGAAUACUGUGGCUGGCACGCGCACGCCUGGGUCCUACAUGGAGGAUGGCAGAAAAGACGUCAUUCAAGAACCCAACGAACUCAUCCACCCAUCUGUACGCAUUCGCUAUCUCUACGAUGGUCUUGGAUUGGACGACAAUGGCGACUGGGAAUGUUCUGCUUUGACCAAGAAUGGGUACAAAUUGCAGAAGAGCAGCGUCCCUCUCCAAGUCGAGGACCCUCACCACAAGGACUUCAUUGCGUCGACGUACGAGACGCUCAGUGGGACUGUCGCAUCAGUUCACGGAGGAAUGCCGAUCGACCCCAAUACCGAUCAUAAACUGGUCCUCCACCAGCUUCCUUUUGAGUCUGAUCUCUACCAAUUGGAGGAAGCGAAGAAUAACUGGGUAUGGGAGAAGGAAGGCAAGAUUCUCCCAGAAGAGCGCAUUGGAAUGUGGGAGAGGCUCUUCAUUGAAGUCAACCACAACCUUCUCUACAGACAAAAAGAGACACAGAGACUAAAGGAAGAGCGGGAGGCAGCUGAGCCCAAGAGCAAUGGCUGGUUUUCUGGCAUCCAGUCUUGGGCUGGGGAUAAGGUCAACACUGCGCGCAGCGCUGCUGGUAGUGCUCUCACCAACACCGUGGGCAGGCUGCUCCCUAGCUCUGGGAAGCUGAAGCCUGCGGAUUAUCACCCGGACUUUGGGUAUCACGACUUUGUUUCUUGGCAGAAAGGGGACGCAACAAAGACUACCAGGAAGAUUAGAACCUAG